GCAUGGUGACGCCAGGGGUCUGUGGCACUACCUGGCGCACCUCCGUGACAGUCGUGUGGCCCAGCAUGGUGGUCCCGGUGGUGGUGGUGGCAGCGACCACCACCACCACCUCCUGCACCUGCUGAGCCCCCUGCAGCACCUGGGUCACCACCACCACCACCUCCACCUGUUCGGCCACCACCAUCAUCACCACCACCACAGCAACCACCACCACCACCACCACCAUGCAGACGGGCAUGACAGCGACAGCAGCGAUGAGGGCACGUGCUGGCCGCCCUGUCUUCCCAAGCCCUGGCAUGCGCUCACCGCACGCACCGGCGCGGGUGGCUCACGCGUGCUGCCGCUGCCGGCGCCCGUGCAGGGCUUGGCGGACAAUCUGGGGGCUGGGGUGGAGCGGGCCAAGUCGGUUCUGGCGACGGCGGCGGGCACUGUGGCGGUGGCGGCGGGCAAUGUGGCGGAGAAGAUGAACCUGCCGCUGCGGGCGGGGAGCGGCGGUGAGACGGGGGGUGGCAGCAAGGUGACGGAGCAGCAGCAGGAGAUGAUGCGGAGGGCACUCGCGGAGCACCGGGGCAAGGGCUUCGAGAAAGCCGACGCGGCGCAGUUCUUCUGGUUCCGCAACCCCAAGGUCAUCGCCUACCUCUUCAACUGGGCCUACUACGAAAACAGCCUGUCAAUCGCGCUGCUCCUCUUCUCCCUCAUCUCGGGCUACCAGAGCAAGUGGGUGUUCCAGGGCGCCCCGCUGUGGGCGGUGGUGGCGCUGCUGGCCGCCGACUUCCUCAUUCUGGUGCACUCCUGCCUCUACGUGCUGCCGCUGUACGCGCUCAUCACUCCCGUGGGCAGCCACUGCCCCAAGGACGUGUUGCGUCGGGCGCUCAAGGCGGGUGUGUUCCCGCACCAGACGGCGCUCAUCGCCAAGGCGCUGCACCUGCAGCUUAAAGCCAGGGAGGCUCCCCCCGCACCCCCCUCGCGCAACCUGCUCAGCUGGAUGACCCGCCUCCGCCCACACGAACACCCCCACCAGCACCCAGACCACCAGCACCCCCAGCACCCGCACCCGCAGCACCCGCAGCAGCAGCACCCUUAUGGGGCCUCACCCCAGCCGCCCGCUUGGACAACAACCGCCGGCGCCCCUGCAGCUGCAGCCGGGCGCAUGGCGGGUCCAGCCAGCUUUGACGGAGGCAGCCGCGGCGGCGACGGAGGUGGAAGCGUUGCGGCCGUCCCAGCGGUAGCCACAGCAGCAACAACAGGGGGAGGAGGAACCCCGCCGGAAUGCCGAGCGUCGGACCUCAAGGCCGGACUUGUGGUUCCCUUCCACGCCCACGGAAUGAUGGACUCAGAGCCCGGUGGCGGCGGAGGCGGCAACGGCACGGGUAGUGGCGCGAGAGGCGAUCUGGAGACUGGGGGGGCUGCGGGUGCGGGUGCGGGUGCGGUUGGAGGGGGCACCAGCACGGCUGCUGGCGGUGGCAGCGGCAGCCCCGGUCCGAAGGUUGUAUGGGCGGCGGCAGUGGCGGGAACAGCGGACUGUGAGAGCAGGCGGCCCCUGUCGCGGCUAGCCAGCCGCUCAACGAGUCGCAAUGGCGGCUUCUCCUCACCGUCCACCACCGCCACCAGUGCUGGCGCCGGCACCGUGACAACCACCACCACGACCCAGAUUGAAGUCGGGAACGGACCCCUCGCAGCACCAGCACCAGCACCACCCGCCCAGGCCGCCCUCUUCACACCCUCCUCAUACGGACCGCACCCCCCAACAGCAGCGACAGCAGCACCCACCACCACCACCGCUGCUGCUGCUCGCUCGGACGCGGGGGCUGCUGCUGCUGCUGUGGCAGCAGCCAGCACCCCGUCACCUUCCUCCUCAUCCCAGCCCUCGCCAACCAGGCACACCCCCUCCCGCCUAGCUGCUGGCGGGCCUCCACUCCCCAGCCCCGGUCCCGGUGCAGGCCCGCUGGCAGGUCUCAUGCAGCCGCCCCCCCACCGGGGCGGCGGCAGCACGCAAGCCAACACGCCGCACCCCCUGUCACCGCCUCCCCACUUCCACCCCCACACUGCCGCCGUUCCUCCCACCUCCACUACCACUACCUCCAGGACCGCAGCCCCCACCGCCAGCCCCCACAGCUCCCCCACCUCCCACCCUGCACCCGGUAGCACCGCCGCCGCCUCCACAACUACCACCAGCUACCCUGCCAACCCCGCCAGCAACGACGUGAUGCCCUUUGCGGCCAGCUGGACAGGAACUGCAGCACCUGCGGCAGCUGCUGCUGUCGGAGGCGGAGGCCGCAAUGGCGGCGGCCUCUUCCUGGCCGGCGGUAGUGGGGGCGGUGGCGGUGGCGGCCCGGCAGCGCCUCAGCCGGGUGGUCUCCGCCACCCGCCCCAGGCUGCACCGCCUCCACCCGCCAGGCAGCAACACCACGGCGGCGACGGCGGCGGCAGUCCUAGCCCUGGCACCGGCACCGGUAGGCCCGGCAUUCCGCUAGCGGGCACCCAAAGCCCUCCGCCCGCGCGUCAGGUGCUGGUGGGGCCUGCAGGUGCUGGGGGGAGCCCCGGCGGCGGCCGCAGUGCGGCUGCCGGCACGGCCGCAGCUGGCAGUGCACUUGCCGCCAGUCCUCCUCAUCCUCCGUCCGUGGCGGCCGCAACCCCACCGCCUCCUCCCCCCCCUGUUGACGUGUCGUCGCUGCUGUUGCGCAGCUCCGCGGUGCUGGGGCCGCAGCCCAGCGGGCUGUCCGCGAGCAGCUCGCUGGGCCGGUCGGGCAGCAUCACGGCACUCAUGGCGG